UAAUUGCACAAUCAUCAUCAACUGUUAUACAAGUUUAAAGUAAAAACAACCCAACAACAUAGUACCGUCUUUUAAUUUUAUUUAAAACGAAGUAUUAUCACCAUGAUGCUCAGGAAGGUAUUUAAUCCACAAAUGUACCAAAGAAUGGUACGAUCUUUUUCAGCAGUUGCUGAGUCUACUCAAGGAUGUACUUUUGAAAAUAUUCAUGCCAAGUGUGCGUGUGUGUGGUAUAUAUUUACAUAUUAUAUAUGUAUUAAAAGUUUCUUAUUUAUUCAGCAAACUCCAGUUAUUAUAGCUGGAACAAAGGAACAGCAAAAGAAAUAUCUUGGAAGACUUGUAGAAGAGCCUCAUGUUACGGCGUAUUGUGUUACUGAACCUGGUGCAGGAUCUGAUGUAGCAGGUAUUAAAACUAAAGCUGAGAAAAAAGGAAAAGAAUGGAUAAUUAAUGGCACCAAGAUGUGGAUUACAAAUGGUGGUGUCGCUAAUUGGUAUUUCGUUCUAGCGAGAACAAAUCCAGAUCCAAAAGCUCCAGCUAGUAAAGCUUUUACAGGCUUUAUCGUAGAACGUGAUAGUGAUGGUUUAACUCCUGGUCGUAAAGAGAUUAAUAUGGGACAAAGAGCAAGUGAUACACGAAUGAUAACAUUUGAAGAUGUUCGCGUGCCUGAAGAGAAUGUACUGCUUACAGAAGGAGAAGGAUUUAAGAUAGCUAUGAAGACUUUUACUAAGACACGGUCACCGGUCGCAGCAGCAGCCACUGGUUUAGCUCAAAGAGCUUUGGAUGAAGCAAACAAAUAUGCAAUAGAACGCAAAACGUUUGGUACACCGAUAGCGACACAUCAAGCAGUGGCUUUUAUGCUAGCUGAUAUGGCUAUUGGUGUGGAGACUUCUAGAAAUGCAUGGAUGAAGGCAGCAUGGGCUAUCGACAAAGGAUUACCAAAUGCUACAAUGCUUGCGAGUAUCGCAAAAUGUUAUUGUGCUGAUGUAGCUAAUAAAUGCGCUACAGAUGCUGUACAGGUUUUUGGUGGUGCGGGUUUCAAUACUGAGUAUCCAGUAGAAAAACUCAUGCGCGAUGCCAAAAUUUAUCAGAUAUAUGAAGGUACUGCGCAAAUUCAAAGACUUAUUAUAUCACGCGCUCUUUUUGAAGAAGCCAAGCAAAAAGUUCAAUAAACGAAUUGAAAUACUAAUUCAUGAAAACUAAUUUAGUAUUAAGGUAUUGUUAUUUUAUACUUUUUAUGAAAUUAUAUACAUACAUUAAUUACAAAUUAAAAUGAUAAAUAUAUCUACGCUUAAGAAUUAUAUAAACAAUGUUAUUUACAAACUUUUUACUAUAUUUUUAUAGAAAUAUAUUUAUAUAUUAAUGAAAUAAAUAUUAAAAUUUGUAUAUUAAGUGAUAUUGUAAACAUAUGCAAUAAAUGAAAAUUAUGUACAUAUAUAU